AUGGAGAAUGUUGAUCUACGGGUAAGCUGUGAAAUUGCAUUACCAGAGGAGAAUGCAGAGUGUGGCAUGCAUGAAGAUGUAGAUGAACAUGAUCAUGUUGAGCCUCUACGGCCUGUGGAACAAACUCGCCUUGAGAGGGAAAAACUAGCUAUUAGUGAAGUGAGGGGCAGUCCAGAAGAAAGCUAUCGAAAGUUGUAUUGUUAUCUUUACAUGUUACAGCUUGUUAAUCCUGGGACAAUAACUAGUGUGAAACUGGAUGCCAAAUAUAAGUUUAAGUAUCUCUUUGUCGCUUUGGGCGCUAGUAUUGAAGGCUUUAGAGCAAUGAGGAAAGUCAUAGUUGUGGAUGCGACCUUUCUUAAGAGUGUGUACGGUGGUAUGCUAGUAUUUGCCACAGCGCAGGAUCCGAAUCAUCACCAUUAUCCAAUUACAAUGGGUGUUAUUGAUAGUGAGAAAGAUGCUAGUUGGAAGUGGUUUUUUGAAAUACUCAAAACUGUUAUACCUGAUGAUAAAGAACUGGUUUUUAUGAGUGACAGACAUAAGAGCAUCAUUGGAGCAGUGAAGGAGGUGUACCCUCAGUCUCAGCAUGGAUAUUGCAUUUGGCAUUUGUCGCAAAACGUGAGAGGGAAAGCUGGGAUUGGCUGCAAAGAUUUGUGUGCAGUAAAAUUCAGAGAAUGCGCUCACAAAUACACUGAAAGUGAGUUCCUAUGUGCGUACACUGAUUUUAGGAUAUGGUUUCCAAAAACUGCUGAGUAUUUAGAUGAGCAUGUUGCGGUUGAUAAAUGGGCAAGGUGCUUUUUUAAAGGAGACAAGUACAACUUGGACACAAGCAAUGCGUGUGAGUCUAUGAAUGAUGUCUUCAAGAAGGCAAGGAAGUAUGCCUUAUUACCGUUGAUUGAUGCAUAUGUUGAAAAAAUCUCUGAAUGGUUCAACAAGCAUAGGAAAGACACUGCAUAUGCAUCAGAUUCGAAGACAUUGGUGCCCUAUGUUGAGAACCAGUUGCAUAGUCUAUGUGCAAUUGGUACAAGAUUAUUUGUCACUGAGCUUAACGCUACUCAUCAAGAAUACAGUGUGAUUGGAGAUGAUGGGAAGAGUUAUCUGGUCGAUUUGUUAAGUAAAUGUUGUAGCUGUAGGCGUUUUGAUAUAGACAAGAUUCCCUGUGUUCAUGCAAUAGCCGCUGACAUUGCAAUGAUGCGUUCGGCUGAGAGAAGAAGGGAAAUCCACUUACAUGAGUUGGAUUCGAAGUCAGAAGCCACCCGAGGAAGAAAAAUGUACACUUGGCCAGAUUGGACAUUUGAGAGGCCUUGCCCGAAUCAUAACUACAUAUGGAAAUGGUGGGAGGACGCGGUUACAGAAGAGCUAUCAACUCUGAAAAUUCGAGUUGAUAAUGCCACAUCUGGGAUGAAAAGUUUGCAUAACAUGGGAGUUGUCCGAAACUGCCUUCCUGAGACUAGCUCGUUUGACACACAUCAAUCCGAAAUUAGGCAACUCAGAGAGCUCCUAUCUGGGAUGGAAAGAGAGAUUGGAAGGAUGAAGGAAUUGAUUGCCAACUGA